AGAAUGACGGUCAGUGGUGGUAGUUGGUGGUAGUGAUUUCGUGUGAUACGUGGUGUAGGUUGCAAUAGCCGCGGCUCGUCCGUGUCUCCUCGUCGGAGCGCCUUGGCUCGCUUCUUCGCCAGCUUCGAUCACAGAAAAGUUUUAAUGCUAGUCAUCGAAUAAUCGACCUCCCCUUCGUAAUUGCGAAUUGAUCAGUACCGUCCUCAAAAUGGCAGUGGCUGUUAGGGCAUUUUCGAAAUUCGCUGCUGGAAGCCGUAGUAAUCUAUAUCAUACUCAUAUGAGGUUUAAAUAUACCGACACGAGAGCAAAUUUAAAAAUUGACUCCAAUACGAAAGUAAUUUGCCAAGGCUUUACUGGAAAGCAAGGGACAUUUCACUGCCAACAAGCGCUUGAUUAUGGAACUAAAAUAGUGGGCGGAGUCAGUCCUAAAAAAGCUGGACAAGAGCACCUUGGCAAGCCUGUUUUUAAAACCGUCAAGGAGGCAAAGGAUGCAACUGGAGCCGCGGCAACUGUGAUUUAUGUACCACCACCAGCUGCAGCUGGAGCGAUUUUAGAGGCAUUAGAAGCUGAAAUGCCUCUAGUAGUUUGUAUUACAGAAGGCAUUCCUCAACAUGACAUGGUUAAAGUCAAGCGGCGAUUACUCGAACAGAGUAAAUCUCGACUAAUCGGACCAAACUGUCCUGGAAUCAUUGCACCAGAACAGUGUAAAAUUGGCAUCAUGCCAGGACACAUUCAUCAGAGGGGUAGAAUAGGUAUUGUGUCAAGGUCUGGAACUUUAACCUACGAAGCUGUGAACCAAACCACACAGACUGGACUAGGACAAACUUUAUGUGUCGGCAUCGGUGGUGAUCCCUUCAAUGGCACAGACUUCAUUGAUUGUCUUGAAGUGUUCCUUAAAGAUCCAGAAUGUGAUGGAAUUAUUAUGAUUGGUGAAAUUGGAGGCAGUGCCGAAGAGCUAGCUGCAGAGUACCUCAUAGAACAUAAUACUGGUGCAAAAGUUAAACCUGUUGUAUCCUUUAUUGCUGGUAUAACUGCUCCACCUGGCCGAAGAAUGGGGCAUGCCGGUGCAAUCAUUUCUGGAGGUAAAGGAGGUGCUCAAGAUAAAAUCAAUGCACUUGAGAAGGCUGGUGUGAUAGUGACAAGGAGUCCUGCACAAAUGGGUGUCACGUUACUGAAGGAAAUGACUCGCCUCGGUCUGGUCUGUAAUUAAACUCUCCAGCCCAUCUGCAAAACUAUGUAGUUCUCAACUGUCCAUGUAUACUCGUAAAAUAAAUUCUAAAUGUAAUAUCAACUGUGACAGCUUGCAAGAGCAACAAUGAAGGGAUGUGAAUACCGAAGACUAUACGAAGUUAAAGAAAACUCUUGGUAUAUAUAAUAUUGGUGCCACUUGUAUCUAAUGUUCUGAUAUAUACAUAUUCAAAUUCAUGCCCAUUGGCACCAUUAAAAAGCAGUUUAUUUUAAAUGUAUACAGUAUUUUGUAUAAAUUAUUUAAAAGAAAAACAGCUUUCUUCCCACUAAUUAUAACAAAGAUACAAACUGCUUACUUAGAGCAGAUUUUAUGCCAAUGCCUGCCAUUCUAAUUUUUUGUAGCCUGUCAUGUUAUUGCUUACAACUAUGUGAACUGUACUAACUAAAAAUCUAUUAUUUAGGUACCAAGUGUACCCAUGUUGUAAAUUAUAUUGAAAUAUAAUAUAUGACUAUUA